AUGGCGCCCAAGGGCAAGAAGGGAAAGAAAGGCGGGGCGCCGAAGCCAGAUUCUGGAUGGCAGAAGGCGCUUGGGAAUUUCAAGUGGGAGCGGCCGCUGGAAGCUUUGCCAGAUCCAGCUGCUGCGCCGAAUUUUGGGGAAAUUCGUGCUACAAUCUUGCACGUUUGCCAAUUGGAGAAGCUAGAGCUCCGUGGAGCGACGUCCUUGGCAAGGUUUGUCAUGCCUGACAACAUAGCAAACGCUCUCAAGGAGUUGGAUCUGUCAUGCUGCACAGCUCUCGAGUAUGUUUUCCUUGAGGUACUUCUACGAUUUUUCAAGUUUCUUACAGGAUUUUUCUUAUACUCUCUUUUGGAGCAGUCGAGUUCUCUGGAGAAGCUAUCGCUCGCGAGGUGUGGGAAGCUAAGAACAGGGCACAUUGUCGCGCGGGGGCUCAAGGAGCUCAACCUCCACGAGUGUAACGAGCUCGUAGACCUCAUGUUUUGGAGCGACAACGUGUUAAUCUUAAAUCCUCCUUACAAGGAGAAAGAUCGACUGGAACUCUACUGUCUAGAGCUCAAAGGAUUCCACUGUCCUCCCAUGAAGAUUGUGAGACCAGUCGUGGAGACUCCACCUCCAUUGAAGGAACUCCUCGAGCACGACAAGGUGGUCGAAAGAUAUGAGAUUGAGCGGAACCGUGUUCUCGAGCCAGGCUUCACGGGAUUAGCAGACUUUCCGAAGACACCAUACCUGGGAUUUAAUUCUUAUCGGCUAGCAUAG